AUGGCCCGCUUCGUCAACUGGCUCAAGUCGCCCGAGGGCCGCAACUACUUCUUCAAACCGCCGGCACCGCACACGACCCACGACGGUACUAACCACCACUCUCAGGUCGCCAACUGGGGUCUGCCGCUCGCUGCUAUUGCCGAUGUCGUCGGCAAGGACGAGGAGUACAUCUCUGGCGUCAUGUCGCCCACCCUGGCCGUGUACUCCAUGAUCUUCAUGCGCUUCGCAUGGCGCGUCCAGCCGCGCAACUACCUCCUCUUCGCGUGUCACGCCACCAACGCCGCCGCCCAGUCGGUGCAGGAGGGCCGCUUCCUCAACUACUGGUACCUUGGCGGCCGCCAGAAGAAGCACCCCGAGCUGUACAACGCCGACGGAACACCCAAGCCCGAGGAGGAGCUCAAGCUCGCCGCCGCCGAGGCGGGCGAGCCCAACGUCGAGUCCAAGGUGCUCGCGGCCGUCGAGGAGGCCAAGAUCGCCUCAAAGAGCGCCUAG